AUGACUCACGACUCCCCCAACAAGAACCGCGCUCGGAAACCAUGGACGGCCGAGGAAGAUCGUCUGCUCCGGGGCGGAGUGGCUAUUGAGGAGGGCAGGGGGUCCGCGCCUUCGCGAUGGAUGGCCAUUGCGCAACACGUGCCUGGCCGCAGUAACAAGGACUGUCGCAAGCGAUGGUACUCGAAGCUUACUGCUGACAUAACACGAGGCGAAUGGGCGUACGACGAGGACGCGCGGCUUAUAAGUGCUGUUAAGCAGUGCGGACCAAGAUGGUGCCACGUCGCAGAAAUUGUGCAGACGCGGAACAGUGACCAGUGUGCCAAGGGCUGGAGCGAUACUCUUGAUCCCGCGAUUGAUCAUGGUGCAUGGUCGGAAUCACAGGAUAACCUCCUCAUUGCUGCGGUGCAGGAGCAGGGGACAAAAUGGUCGAAGAUUGUGAAGAAGUACUUUCACGGAAGGACCGGGCUUGCGGCAAAGAAUCGAUAUAACUCCCUUACACGGAAGAAGUCAUGUUCCUCGCGGCACUCGAGUCGCAGCGUUUCCGAGUCUGCCUUCACCUGUGGCAGUCCUGUGCCAUUUGGCCCGCUCGAUGUCUUGUUCCAAGACGUACCUGAGCCUCCUCCCAUUGUUGCGCCCCAGCACGGAUGGCCCGGGCAGCAGGCCACAGACGGCUUGCUCCCACCACCGCUAGAUGACCAUGCGAUUAAUGUGGCCCUGGGAAUGUCGCUCCCGCUUCCGGUGCACACCACUACACCUGCGGCGCCUGUUGGCUCGUCAUCUGUGGCACUCGACUCGGACAUGAACAGUUUCCUACCAGCAUUCCCGCCAGCCAAUGUCCAGCCGGUUCAACCCGACAUGAAUGUUAUGCCGUCAUUUCAGGAUUUUCAGUGGACCUUGGACUGUGACAGUGUUUCUACAGAUACUUCUGGUACGACGAGUCUUGGAUUGUCUACGUUUGGACAUGUUGCGCCUUCUCGAUAA